AGUAGACGUGGGGUGGAGGGCGCGGGUUGGGGAGCUCAGGGGGCAGCUGUAGCCGCCCGGGCGCCCGGCUGCGCCCGCGAGCCUCCGUGCUGCCCUGGCCCGGCCCGUCCACAAGGCUCGGCACCAUGGACUUCCGAGACAUCCUGAUGGUGGCGUCGGAGCAGCAGGGACUCAACAUCAUCCCGAAAAGAUACAGUUUGGCGGUAGGUCCUCCUAAAAGAGAUCCCAAAGUCAAGGGUGUCCAGUCGGCAGCAGUGCAAGCUUUCCUCAAGAGGAAGGAAGAAGAGCUAAGGAAAAAAGCCUUGGAAGAAAAGAGGAAAAAGGAGGAGCUGGUGAAAAAGCGCAUUGAGCUAAAACAUGACAAAAAAGCAAGAGCCAUGGCGAAACGGACAAAGGACAACUUCUAUGGUUACGAUGGGACUCCUCUUGAAGAGAAGUCAAAGAAGAAGCAGGUAGUCGAGGCACCCACAAGCCAGGGAGCAGACCAAGAAUUUUUGAAUGAGGAAGAAGCAGAAUCUUUGGAAUAUUAUCAGACAGAGUCAGAGCAUGAUGAGUCAGAAGAGUACGAGGAGCAGGAACCCCCUCUGAAGGCUGUAACCAAACCAAAGGCCCCCCUCAAAAAUGCCCCUCCACCUAUGAACUUCACAGACUUACUCCGGCUGGCUGAGAAAAAGCAGCACGAACCCGUGGAGAUUAAGGUAGUAAAGAAAAUAGAGGAACGACCCAGGACUGCAGAAGAACUGAGGGAAAAAGAAUUUUUAGAGCGAAAACACAAAAACGUAGAUAGAGGAAAAGAGAAAAAGAUACUUGAACGAGAGAAAAAGCUAGCUCCUCCAGCUUUGUCUAAAAAGGUUCCUUCCCCCAAAGAGAGUGUUAGUGCAAGACACAAAGGUCCUGGGGACAAACAUUCCUCUUCCAGGGGGAACCACCUUCCCCAAAUAGGUGCUGAGAAAAAACCUAGACCUAUUGCAGCCAGUGAGAAACAUAUGAGGCUGCCAUCCACGAAGACCCAGCCAGGAGAGAGGACCAAAGCAGGGUCUGGAGAUGGCUUCCAACACUCAUCGAGUGAAAGCCACAGCCUCUUGCUUAAUGGGGUAGAGAAGUCUCGCCCCAGCUCCCAUUCUUUGGGCACAGGGAUCUCAAAGACUGUGGUUCGUGGGACUCAAAAAUCCAAUGAGCAUAGGCCCCCCAAAUCUCCUUCUUCUCAUCCUAGUCAUUCCAAGUCUGGGGCUAUCUCUACUCUUCAUGACAAGACAAGAAAUUCAGGUACCAAGCAGCCAGGGAACAGUUCUAGCUCAGCCUCAGGGCGUCCAGGUAUACGGACUUCUCAGCCAAACCUAAACCCAAGCCCUAGGAGGCACGGUGGCAGUUCCAGCUCAGGACCUGAACAGCAAACCAAUGGAUCCAAACGUUCGAUCAGUGGCUCAGGCCCCACUGGGCGACCUGUGAGUGGCUCAAGUGGCCGUGGGCAUUCUACAGGCGAUUUAGGAAGCUCUGGCCGGCUAGCCAGUAGUACAGGCUCCACAGGGCGGACAGUGACCCAACCUGGGCGACCUAUCAGUGGCUCAAGUGGCCCUGGACGACCCAUUAGCGGCUCAGGUGGCCCUGGGCGACCCAUUAGCGGCUCAGGUGGCCCUGGACGACCCGUUAGCGGCUCAGGUGGCCCUGGGAGACCCGGGAGCGGCUCGGGGGUCCCUGGGAGACCCGGGAGCGGCUCGGGGGUCCCUGGCAGACCCGGGAGCGGCUCGGGGGGCCCUGGCAGACCCGGGAGCGGCUCGGGGGGCCCUGGCAGACCCGGGAGCGGCUCGGGGGCCCCUGGCAGACCCGGGAGCGGCUCGGGGGCCCCUGGCAGACCCGGGAGCGGCUCGGGGGCCCCUGGCAGACCCGGGAGCGGUUCGGGGGGCCCUGGCAGACCUGUGAGCGGCUUGGGGGGCCCUGGCAGACCCGUGAGUGGCUCAGGUGGCCCUGGACGGACAGUCAGUGGCUCAGGCCCCCCUGUGAAGCCCAGGUGCACAGUUGUUUCAGAAACUAUCUCUUCCAAGAAUAUCAUCAGCCGGCCCAGCAAUGGGAUGAUGAAUGGGAUGAGGUCCCCUCCACCUGGCUACAGACCUGCAGUAUACCCACAAGGUAUUCAGAGGUCCCCAUUUCCCCCUAUGGCCCGGAAACGGUAUCCUGAGGAAGAUGAGGAUGAGGAGUAUGACUCGGAAAUGGAGGACUUCAUCGAUGAUGAAGGAGAGCCUCAAGAAGAAAUAUCAAAACAUAUUCGAGAAAUCUUUGGCUAUGACCGUAAUAAAUACAAAGAUGAGAGUGAUUAUGCCUUACGUUACAUGGAAAGCAGUUGGAGAGAGCAGCAGAAAGAGGAAGCGAAGAGCUUGAGACUUGGUAUGCAAGAAGACCUUGAAGAAAUGAGGCGCGAAGAAGAGGAACUCAAGCGCCGGAAAGCCAAGAAAAUGAAACUGCGUUAGCUGCAGGCUUUUACCAUUGGGAGAAAACAUUUUAUUGAGAACUCUCUACAGGCUGGGGGGAAAAAACCUUUUUCCCUUUGGUUUUUAUUUGGGGACUAGAGAAGGAGAUAUGUAAAGGAAGCACUGGAAAAAACAAGGCUAUGGUUUGAACAGAAAGUGUUUAUUUUUAAUACUUGCCAGGGUUAAAUCUGUAAUGCAGAUGAGAUGUAAUAUUCAUUUGAAUGUUUAUAUGAAAUUAGCUGUUCGAAGAUGCCAGCAAUGAUACUGAUGAGCUAUGCACACUGACGUGGGAGUCCACUCACCAGUUGUUAGCUAGUCACCUAUUAUUUAUUUGACCCUUAAAAAAUCAAGUGAGGAUUAUUGUUCUGUUUUCAUAGUUACUGCCCAGUACAUACAUCCCUGAACCAAUAAGAUCAUGUCAUAGGCUUCUCUUGAGAAUAGUAACCUGUAAUGUCAGUCUUUUCCACAAAUGUUGCCAGCAAUAAAGGAAUCUACCCUGGCCUAUGUAUUUGAGAAUCCUGGGGUCUUAAAAUAAUGAUUUGACAAUAUAGAAUAGGGUUCAUGAUUUCAGAAUGGCUGCUAUUCCUAUGAAUUUGAAAUAAAAUUGAAUAAAUUAUCUUGGACUCCACAUUGUCCAAGGAUUGGAUGCUGAGCAUUUUCAAUCACAAAUGUAUUAUAUUGGAAUUUAUAUAUAAGCUAUGCCUCUUGAUAGUAAGAACAUUCUUUACCCAGUUUUCUUUACAGUUUUCUUAUGAUUACCCUGGGCUCUAAGCCAAGGUAAAGUAGAAAAGGUCACUGUAUAGACUAAUUUUAUUUUUAAAAAUCCACUUUUAUAUUGAAGAGAGUAUUCCUAAAUAAAGGAAUUCCUUUAUUCUAACAUUAGAUUUGGGAGCAUUAUAUCUAAAAUAGAAGCUAAAUAUGGCGGCUUGGUUUUCCCCUCAGAGUUCCUCCAAGGUGCACUUUUAGUGCCUCUCAGUAUUAAAAAUUUGCAUUAAAUAACUUAGUACCAAUCAUUUAAUGGCAGAAAACAAAAUGUAAGUUUAUAUUAAAAACAUCAUUUCUUUUGCCAGCAUUGCACCUUUAUUUCAAUCUAUGCACUGUGAAGAAGGCCCGCAAAGUCUGUCCCCGGCAUUGCUUUCUCACUGAGCUGAGGGGUGAUUUCGCUCAUUUUUGUCCAUCUCACCCUCCAUCCCUUAGUCCAUGUGCUGUGUGCUUUGAGCCACCUUUUCAUGUAUUUCCAGCAAGAAGACUUGGCUUCCAAAGAAUAACUUAAAAGUCUCAAGAAGUCAGCAAGAGAAUUGAACCAUGAAAUAACAUUAUAAAGGGAGAAGCCUGGACUUUAACCUGUUAACUGAAAAUGGUGGAACGGUGGUGGCGCAUCUGCUUAUGGAACACAUUCUCCAUGGAUCUAAUGUCUCUAGGGGGCAGUGGGGGGUGGGGGCAGUCCUCUAAGGGUUCUUAGUCAUCAUUAUAUUCCUUUCUUUGAACAGAACUUCCUGUGCUGUACAUCCUUUGAUUCCCCACACCUUCCUUUUAGUCUUCCCACUAAACAAAGAGAAUAAAGAACCUGUGUGAGUUUCUCUCCUAUCCAAUAAAUAGAUUGUGGUCAUAUAAUAGCAUCACUUAAUGGGGCCAGAUAAUUCUGUUUACAAAUUAGUUUGCUCAAGGUGAGUUUCUUCUGAACUGUGAAUACAUUGACAUUAAUUUUGCUGUGGUUAAGUUAUAAACUCAGGAAAACCAAUGCCUGGGCUACAUAAUUAAAAGUUUGAAAGAUCAUGUCUCAUUUGGACCUGGUGAAAACUAUGCAUUUUCCUUAUCACUAGAAAAACAUCCAUCCAUCUGUCCAUUUAGAGCAUUCAUAAGCCACUGAUGGCAUAAAAUCCCAGUGGCUCCUUUUCACUCUCUUCCAUGCAAUAGCCACAGAGAAGACUAGUGCAGCUGGUUCAAAAGACAUCUGAGGUUUUUCCUGUUAAACUGAGAUGAUUGGGAUGUUGUUUCCCUUACCACUUCUGUGCUGCUUUUUUUCUCUUAAACAGUAGUUGAUUGUUUAUUUUCCAUGUAGAUUUGUAAAGUUAUUGAGGCUCUGGAAUACUAUAUUGCAAUACUUUGUGACUUAGCUGACAGAUUGUGGCUUUUCACCUUGAUUUAGAUUAAGAACUUUUAGUGUUUUUGUGCAGUUAUUACAUACGGUAGAAAAAGGCCAUCGUGUAGGCUGUUGGAUUUGGUUGAUUGAGGCAACUUACUCUUCCUUGUACUGGGGAAUGGGCAUAGCUCUCAUUGUAACAUGGUCAGCUUGUGAGGCAGAUUUACUCUUGCCCCUCUCAACACCAGCAUUACAAUAGGGUGCUUCAGCUACCAACUCAUGUAGUUCGAGAAGGUCUUGGAGUUUGUAUGUUUUUAAAUCCUGUCUGCUACUCACCAGAAAAUUUCAUUUUCACUCAGCCCACCAAACUUUGCGAAAAGCUCAUGUACCUUGAGAAGCUAAGACACCAGAAUAGGCAUCAUAAAGGAUUAUGCAUCAAGUGUUUGAUUUUAAUGUAUAUUCUCCUUUUUUUUAAUUUGGGGAUAUUUUUAUUCUAUAUUUGAAAAUGUGCCUUUUUAUUAGGUAAGGUUAAUUUGUGAAUGUAGUUAAGUACUAAAACCAUAAUGGGUGCAGCAUUUCUGAAAUUAAUAAUGUGAAAGUAGUUUUCAUAAAACCCCAGUGUGGCUAUGAUUGCACAAUUACUGUCUAUGCUGUUGCUAAGUCAAAGUAAGGGCACUUUCUAUUUAAAGCUACUUCCAGAAACUGUCUUUGUCUUUGUAUACUGUAAACGUAAUGUAAUGUACACUUGGAGGCCAGGGUACUGCAUAUCACAGGCAGCCUUAGAUAAAGACUAUGCUGUGAAGAAGCGGGAGUUGGAGGAGUAUCUCAGAUUACCUGUCUAUGAGAAGCUGUUAAUUUUUUAUGUGAAUCUGAAAAUUUUCUCUGAGAAAAAUUAUUUUUAUUCUGUUUUGCAUUUUGUAAUUUAAAAGUGACUGCAGAACAUUUCUGAAGUAUAGUAGGAGACCAAAACACACUUGGAGAGAGAAUAAAUAUAUGAAGAGA